AUGAGAAUAGAAAAGGACAUUGCUUUAUUUUAUUGUCUGUCUUCUAGGGAACAGCCAAAUCAUGAACGGAUUGGUUUUAGCAUUGAAAGCCUUUUGCUUCGUGGAUGUACAAUCAGAAACACUGAGGUUGCAAUAGGAAUCGUAGUAUAUGCAGGUCAUGAAACAAAGGCCAUGCUCAAUAACAAUGGUCCUCGUUACAAACGCAGCAAGAUAGAGCGACGGAUGAAUAUGGAUAUUUUCUUCUGUGUGGGACUUCUGUUUGCAAUGUGUCUUGUCGGAGCAGUAGGCCAUGGCAUUUGGAGUGGGACGUUCUCGGAGCAUCCCCCUUUCGAUGUCCCAGAUGAGAAUGGCAAUUAUUUGUCUCCAGUUGUUGCUGGUCUCUACAUGUUCUUGACUAUGAUAAUUCUGUUGCAGGUUUUAAUCCCCAUCUCUCUCUAUGUGUCCAUUGAGUUAGUCAAGUUGGGCCAAGUCUUUUUACUUCACAAUGACAUUGACCUGUAUGAUGAAGAAGCAGAUUUGCCCAUACAGUGUCGAGCUUUAAAUAUUACUGAAGAUCUCGGGCAAAUCCAGUAUAUCUUCUCAGACAAAACUGGGACACUAACAGAAAACAAAAUGGUAUUCCGACGCUGUACUGUUGAUGGAAAUGAGUUUUCACAUCAGGAAAAUGCCAGACGUCUGGAAGCCCACAAGGAGUUGGAUUUAGAUGAUGAGGACUUUGCAAACUUCACUCUUCCUCCCAACAUUGAGCGACCAGGCACUUACAAACAGGGGACAGUAAGACCUUUAAGGAGGUCCCAGAGUGCUAGGGCUCACUUUCAAGGCCACAUAAGGCAGAAGUCUCUUGGUCGUCGUGACAGCAACCAAUCUCAAGUGGCAUUCAGCAGCACCAUCGAAAAGGAUGUGGCUCCUGAUAGCAGGCUGCUGAGAAGAGUGAGAGAAGCUGCGCUCCGGACUGAAAACCUGUCUCCGUUUGCAGAUAUGAAGACUGCCACGGCCCUUACUGACUUUUUUCUAGCCCUUGCCAUCUGUAAUACAGUUGUGGUCUCUACAGCUACAGAACCAAGACAAAGGGUUACAGUUCCACCACAAAUAAAGCCUUCGGGAAUCACCCUGGAGAGGAUUCAUCAGAUGUUCCAGCGGCUCAAGCUAGCAAGUCUCAGCCAGUCUCUUUCAUCAUCUCAGGCCAGUUCAGACCUCGGAGCUAGCUUUAGUGCCAAGAGCACAGAAGAGCACCUGGCCACGCUGGAUUGCUGCGACAAUGACGACGAGUGCUACGACACCCCUGGGAAGGGUGGCACGGAUAUUGGCAGCGCUUCCUUGGAGGAGGUAUUUAAAUCCGUUUCUCCCAGCUCUUUGCCAUCAGAAUUUUGUUACGAGGCUGAAAGCCCAGAUGAGGCGGCUCUUGUCUAUGCUGCCCAGGCCUAUAGCUUUACCUUGGUGUCCCGGACUCCAGAGCAGGUGACCGUGCGCUUGCCCCAAGGCACACUCCUGACUUUUGACAUUCUGUACACCUUGGGGUUUGACUCGGUAAGGAAGAGGAUGUCCGUGGUGGUGAGACACCCUCAGACCAAGGAGAUCAUCGUCUACACAAAAGGAGCUGACUCGGUUAUAAUGGACUUACUGGACGACCCAGCCAAAGCUGAAAUUAAUGCACAGAAAAGAAUGAGAAGAAUAAGAGAUAAAACACAGAAACACCUGGACUACUAUGCCCGUGAUGGCCUACGAACACUGUGCAUAGCUAAGAAGGUCUUGACUGAAGAUGACUUUCAAAAAUGGGCCAAUUUUCGUCGUGAGGCAGAAGCUGCAAUUGACAACAGAGAUGAGCUCUUAAUGGAGACAGCCCAGCAUCUGGAGACCAAACUCACCUUGCUAGGAGCAACAGGGAUUGAAGAUCGGCUGCAGGAUGGAGUGCCUGACACUAUUGCAGCUCUUCGAGAAGCUGGGAUACAAAUCUGGGUCUUGACAGGAGACAAACAGGAAACAGCAAUUAACAUUGCAUAUUCUUGUAAACUUCUGAAUCAGAGAGACACUAUCUUUACCAUUAACACCGAAAAUAAGGAAACCUGUGAAUCUCUCUUGAAUUUAACCUUGGAAGAAGUGAGGAAGAGUUGUGAUGUGGAAAAACCGCAGAGGAAAUUUUUUGGCAUUGUCCCAACAUCUUUACCAGCCCCUGGCCCCCCCUCUCCUGAAUUUGGACUGGUGAUUGAUGGAAGAACGUUGAACGUCAUCUUGCAGGGGGGCCUGGAGAAGACCUUCCUGGCGCUGACGCAGCAGUGCCGCUCGGUGCUGUGCUGCCGCUGCACCCCUCUGCAGAAGAGCAUGGUGGUCAAGCUGGUGCGCAGGGAGCUCCAAGUGAUGACCCUCUCCAUAG